AUGACGGCCCCACGAGUGAUUCUCGCGCUAAUUCUGUGUUGCGGUGCAGGUCAGUCGGUACUGGGACGUACCGGAACGAUGGACCAUUGGAUCAGGCUGACUAACGCACUGUUCUCUAACUACACAAAGGAUAUCUACCCCGUGUACUACCUGAAUGAAACGCUUACAGUAGACCUGUCCAUGUUUUUGUUGUCCAUUCAGGACUUUGACGAAGUGGCCGGAGUGAUCACACUUAAUGGCGGAUUACUCCAAUCGUGGGCGGAUUUUCGUUUGACUUGGAAUCCUAGUGACUAUGGCGGAAUCGAAGACAUAUUUCUUAAUUCAUCAGUAGUUUGGAAACCGCAUGUGAUUCUGGUAUCAUCGGCGGAAGACCUGAAACCAUUCGACUCGGGAAAGUUCGACGUUAGAGUGUUUUAUAAUGGCACAUGUCAAAUUAAUCCGGGCAGACGGAUGCUCGCCACGUGUUCUGUCGAUAUGACAAAGUUUCCUUCAGACUCGCAUGUUUGUGACCUUGAAAUAAUGCAGUGGAGCGUGUUGCCAGAUGAAGUUGUGCUUGGUUUUACAUCUACAGAAUUAAUUUUAACUUACUACAUACAAAAUGGAGAAUGGGAUAUAGUGAAAACGUCGGUAUCAAAUCCUACCUUAUCACCUGGUGGUGUUAUUUUUACAAUCAAUGUCACGAGAAAGCCGGAAUAUCUGUCUGUAUCUUUAAUUCUUCCAAUUUUGUUGGUGUGCUUCCUGAACCCGUUUGUUUUUCUCCUUCCGGCUUCCUCUGGCGAAAGAAUCUCAUACACGUUAACACUAUUCCUAUCAUUAGCCGUGUACAUAUCAAUAAUAGCCUCCAGUUUGCCAAACGUUUCCAAUAACAUGGCGAUGAUGUCAUUUUUCCUGCUGAUCAUACUCAUCAUCAGUGGAGUAAUAAUUGUCAUGACUAUCUUCACUCUACGUUAUGACGUCAUUUCUGACGUCAGCAAGUUCCCGAACUUUCUGAAACGCCUCGCACUGUGUAUUUAUGAAAAGAAACCGGUAAAUAAGGACGAGUGUGAAAAGGAUGCAAAUGUAAAUUCGGAUGACACUGAACACGAUUUAAAGAGAGAUGACGUCAUAAAACUGAUCGACAUAUCAUUGUUUGUGACGUCAUCAUUGAUGAUGGUGAUAUUUGUUACAUGGUUUCUUUGCUUUGUAUUUGUGUAA